UUAAUUGAAUUUAUCGCUUUCCUCGUUUUGUCUCGUUAAAAAUGAAUGAAGAGCAAGCAAAAUUAAACAGCUUUUCUUCUCAAAUUUAUUAUUUAACAUUUCACUGUCUGUCUGUCAAUCAGUUGUUUUGACGGCGAUUUACUGUUAAAUUGACAAUUUCACAUUUGCGCUUUUCAGUCUUAUAAAACAGAAGUCUAAAAUAACUAGAAAGGUUUAUCAGCAUUAUUUGUUAGCAAAAUGUCGACUUUAACUUCAAAUUCAAACCCACAAAAUAUUCUGCUGCUUCUUAAUUGCGACGACUCAAAUUGCGAAUGUCCGUUUUUUGUAACCGAAGCAUCCCCCUCUAGAUUUUGUUCACAUUGUGGUCACACCUGGUUUUUCCACGCUUUCGAAAAAAUCAGAAGGUGCGAAAGUAAUCAAAUUCGGCUCGAAAUUGUCUUCAACCUUGCCUCAUUGGCGCUCUACGCUACAACCGCAAUUCCGGUUAGUUUGAAAAUUUUGCUCGACAGACUUUUAUCAAAACUUUUGCAUUCCGAAGUUUUGCAAGUUAUCUACGCUUUGGGCUGGUUGUACGAAGAUUACGUGAGAGGCUAUAAAUUUUUCAAUCAGAGUUUAGCCCAGCUAGAUUCGUGGAAGACAGUUUCAAGGCAAGAAGAAAUUGAAAUAAUUAAACUUUUCCAAAAUUUUCCGGAAACUAAAGAUAUUGCGUGCAAUAUUUUGGAAAAUUUUACUACCAGUUCUUCUGAUGAAGAAAAUCCAAGAAAUUUUGAAAACUUUGAUUAUUCACAAAAUGUAGCCGAAAAUCCUCCGUUUUUGACUAUAAGCGAGAAAGUGAAAUCGUCAGCAAAAUAUAUCAGUCAACAUAUUUCGAGAGUGUUGCGCGAGAAACCAAAAUCAAUCAACUGUUCGAAGUCCCUGACGGAAAAAUACCGUCUCAGAUAUUAUCGCUGUUUUCAAUGUGCGAAAAAAUUUCGAUCUCUUGGAAGUUUGAAAUCACAUCGGAAAACAUCGCAUGCCAGAAAAUAUGUCAAAAGUUCAACGAAAAACAAUGAAAAUACAAAAAUUUCUUCGAAAAUAAAAACCGAAAACGAUGAAAUUACAAUGCAUCAUGGAGAAAAUUGCAAGUGUAAAAAGUGCAAAUAUUUAGCCUGCAAUUUGAUCAGAGCUUUCGAGCCUAAUUUGAACAACAAUGAGGUCAAAAAUCCAGGAGAGGAAGCAAAAACUCCAGAAUUUAUCAAUCAAAAACCAAUGGUUGAUGAAAAUUCGAGCGAAAAGUACCUGACGUUUAAUGAAGAAACGGACGCUUUGGAGGAAUUGAAAAGCUUAGAAGCGUUAGUUUCUUCGGUUGAUUUUGAUAUGAUCUCCCCUAAAGAAUCAAAUAUUUUAAUCAAAGCAAAAAAUCAGAAAACUAAGGACGAUGAUUUUGACUACGAUGAACCUUAUUGCGACGGAAAUUGUCAUUUAGACGAGAAGUUUCAAACCCGAACUUUUAGCAACCUUGUCGAUUCGAUUAGAAACGAUCUUAAUAAAAGUCUGGCAAAUAUUCGAAAUGACAAACUUGAUUCUGAAUCCAAACUAUUUUCGUUUCCAAGAAAAGAAAUACCAUCAAAAACAAUCACAAUUUCAAAAGAUGACGAAAGUUGUCGACGACCAGAUUCGUUUCCUGUCAAACUGAUUGACAGUAACUUAAGCUGGUCUGAAUUGAAAAACUGUUCAACAACCGUGCGUGAAAAACUAGACAAUCUUCUGAGCAAACAAGAACAGUCAACGUGUGAACAGGGUGUGAACUCAGACUCAAAAGAAACUCAAUCGACUGAAAAUGUCAGAUCUCUUCGAGGAUCGAUACGGUCGCUUCUCUCUUGCAAAUGCCCGAAGUGUGGGAAGAUUUUCAGCAGCCCGGCUUCGAUGAGGGUGCAUUUCAAAAACGUGCACAUUCGGGAGAUGCACAAAUGUCUGGUCCCAGGGUGCAAUUCUCUGUUUAACUCCGUCAGAAGCAGGAAUAGACAUUCGAUGAACGCCAAUCUGCACCAUCGCAAAUCAGCCCAUAUCCAUUUUUUAUAAACUAAUUUUUACUAUUUAAAAAUUAUAUCUUAAAAAUAUUUUAUGGU